GAACGGUAAACAAUGAUUUCUAGCCGUUUGACAAAACUGUCUAGAACUGUCCAUACAAGAGGAGCCGAAUUGAAGAUAGUUAUUGCAAUAUCUGUGCGAGGAAGUGUCAAUUUUUAAAGUGAUUUGUCCAUCUGGUCUCAAAAUGACCUUAGACUGCGCAACACACAAAUUUGAAGUACCAGCAAGAGCUGUUCUAAGCCCUGGUGACAUCACAAAAUGGGAAACAUCAGAAGCUUAUCAGGAUAUAAUGGGAUUCUUAACAUCAAUGAACAAUGCUGUUCGGGGCAAGAAGCUGAGUGCGCCAUGUGAUGUUACCCCUGUGAUUAAAAACCUGUUGGAAAUGUUAGACACACUUAGUCAGUGGAUUGACGAGAUACCACCCAUAGACCAACCACAGCGCUUCGGCAACAAGGCAUUUCGGGAUUUUUAUGCGAAGCUUAAAGAGAAUGGAGAGGAGCUCGUAAAGAAAAUGUUGCCAGAAAAAUACCACAGUGCUGUCCCAGAGGUUGCAGUGUACCUCGUGGAAAGUGUUGGAAAUUCCACCCGCAUAGAUUACGGCACUGGUCAUGAGCUGGCUUUUGUGAUGUUCUUGACAUGUAUCUUCAAAAUUGGUGCCUUAGUGCAGAGUGACUCUAUUGCUACAGUGAACAAGGUGUUUAAUAGGUAUCUCGAACUGGCCCGAAAACUUCAGAUAACUUACAAGAUGGAACCGGCAGGUAGCCAGGGAGUCUGGAGCUUGGACGACUAUCAGUUCAUUCCUUUUAUCUGGGGAUCUUCACAGUUACAUAUGCACCCUAAAAUUGCACCCGAGUUGUUCAGUAAUGAGAAAGUUGUCGAGGAAAAUGCCGACGAAUAUAUGUUUUUGGGUUGCAUCAAGUUUAUUCUGUCUGUUAAAACUGGUCCAUUUGCGGAACACUCAAAUCAGCUUUGGAACAUAAGUGGUGUCCAGUCAUGGGGUAAAAUCAAUCAAGGUCUGUUCAAGAUGUAUAAAGCAGAGAUCCUAGCAAAAUUUCCUGUCAUCCAGCAUGUUUUGUUCGGCACAAUACUGUCGAUUACCCCAGCUUCAGAAAUCAAGUAUCAAGCAUCAGGAUCUGAGCUGCCAGGCAUGAGGAGACCAAUGGGGUCCUUCCCACCGCCCGGCUCUGCUCCAAUGGGAGACACCCGUUUCCCUGCACCCGGCUCUGCCCCAAUGGGAGACACCCGUUUCCCUGCGCCCGGUGCCAUGCCCAUGGCUGGAGGCCGUUUUCCCGCACCAGGAUCCAUGCCCUUGGCUGAAGGACGCUUCCCUGCACCUGUGAUUCAAGGGAAAUUCCCCAACAAAAGUGACAUUCCUGCCGAUAUUCCCAGCUUAUCGUCAAAGGCUGCAAGUGAAAUAAAUGUUAAUAGCUCAGGUUCGUGUAAUGAGAAAUUAGGACCCAAUGGUUCAUCAGAAUCAGUACCAAGUCCAAUGUCCCCUACCGAGUUAACUAAUAAAACCUAGAAAUGACAUAUCUAUCUGUGAUGAAAAGUUUUACGUAUUAGGUAAUUUCAUUGUACCUACCAUCUGCAUCUGUGUGCAUCAUCAUUAAUCAUACUCUGCACAUAUUAAACGUCCUCCUCCCUUUCGGUUUCUUCAAUUCCGUAUCCUGUAGGGUGAUUGUUCUUUAGGUUUGUCUGUUUUGAAUCAUAUUUCCCUUCCUUCUUGAGCUUUAUGUGUGUAGUCUGUUGUGUGACCUACGUGUUAUUUACUAUCAUUUUCAAUUGAUGAUGUUUCCAUAUCAGUGAAUUUCUUGUGAAUGAGUCAUUUUUAUAAUCUGCAUCAUAGGGAUUGCAAAUUAUUUUAUGCAUGUUCUUCUUUAAUAGAAGGCAUAUGGGGGAAUGGGAGGGAGGAUGUUGCAAGCAAUAUCUCGCCUCUUGGUGUGUGGUUUAUAAUUUUUUUAGUUGAAGAUUCAUUUGUUAUAUUUAUUUUAUGAUUUUUUGGUGGAGUUUAUCUAGCAUAUCGUUUAUCCAGAUUCUUGGACCUUUGAGUGACAUAGGUAAUUGAGAAAACAAGGAGGAAUCAUGUGUGAAAAUAAUGGAUAUAUUUUAAUUAUAAUAUUGUAGUAGGUACAUAGUGAAGAAUUCUUGUUGAUGUAGAAGGGAAUGACUUGAACAGAAUUAUUUUAUAAGUUUGAAUCAUGAGCGAGUUGCUAAUUGAACUAACUCUUAUUUGUUAUAGUUUUGUUCAGUCAGACUUUCCUUUCUGUGACAUGUUAUAAGUACAGGGGUUUAUAUCAGACCUGAAGAACUAUAUUAAGCCAUUUAAUGCUUGUGGAUGGUAAGAUGCACGUACGUAAUUGUCUAGCUGGUACGCUUUGUCAAAGUAAUUUUAGGAAAAUAUGGAGGAUAUUCCAGUGCCCAAACUCACAAGAUGUAGUGUGCCACUAAAAGUAUGGGCACUUACUAACAUUCUUAGUACGUAGUGAUAUAAAUGCUUUUGAAGGAGGAUUUCAAGCAUAAAACUCUCCAUAUUAAAAUAGGAGCUUGGCAAGAUACUGUAAUACAUUUUUACAGCCCUUCAGUAAGUAUGUUUCAGGCUUAUGACUAUUUAAGCAGUGCUAAGUCACAAUUCACAUUUGAAAAAUUUCUAUGCGCUGCACCAAUAUGUGGGUGGUAUAGCCCAAUGGUAGCCAGUUAUGGUUUGCAUUUGCCAGGAAGAUUGCUUAGAAAGGAGUUGGUUGCCUUAAUGCACUUCACUCUAAGAGAUGUCCCUUUGUACUGUUCGCUUGUAUGGGACUGACUUUUGAUUACUGGAAGGAGCUCAGCAAAGAACCAUCAGUUCUGUCUACAGUGUGCCAUACAAGGCACAUGAUAGAGCCACCCCUUUUCAAGAAAAAGGCUGAUCGACUAUCUGUUUAGCAUUGAGGGAAAAUUUUGAGAAAGUAAUGGUUAUACGUUUAUGCUUGCUGGCUAUUGUCUUCAUGAGGUGCCAUUAUAAAAUAUAAGGGUAUGCACUGAACAAUCAUUUGCCUAGUAAUGAGUGGUAAGGACUUUUUAUUUUGUAAAGCACUAUAUGCUUGUCUGUUUCAGUUUAUUACCGUAGUUACUUUUUGUAGUCAGGACAUGAGUAUACGUAGGCUACAGUUUGCUUAAUCACAGUGCUGUAUUAGUUCAGCAGUAUCAUUUGCACUUCAUAGGUAAUCUUUCAUCUUGGUUGUUGGUUUUAUGUACUGUGAUUAAAAGUGCCAGGCCUUAUGGCCCAAGUUUCGUACUUUCAUGCGACAGCAUUGAUUUAUCGAUGUGGUUCCACUGAAUCAUUUUUUAAAUUCGUAAUUCAUUGAUUUGGAAACAUAAUUUGUAUUAAUAGUUGUAAACUUGGAACCUUGAAAACAGUCCUUAUCAAUUUUUGUCACUCAACUAAUGAAACUCUUUAAUUCAUCAGGAUUAAUUUUAGGUUAAUGGAGCUUUUAAUGUCACAAGAAAUAAAGAUAUAUUAAUGCAC